AGGGAGGAGUGUGUGUGUGUGUGAGUGUGUGUGUGUGUGUGUGUGAAAGAGGGAGAGGGAGCGAGAGAGCGAGAGAGAGGGAGAGAGAGGGAGAGAGAGGGAGGGAGAGAGAAAAGAAGAGGGGGAAAAAAAGGAAAGAAGAUUUUCUCUAUGUAUAUAAAGAUGGCCACGUUAGCAAACGGACAACCAGACAAUACCAGCCUGAGUAGCAAUCACAGCAACCCCAGCACCAACGGGCAUAUGAACGGAUUAAACCAUAGUCCCGGAAACCCAUCCACCAUCCCAAUGAAGGACCACGAUGCCAUUAAGCUCUUUAUUGGGCAGAUCCCCCGUAACCUGGACGAGAAAGACCUCAAACCGCUCUUCGAGGAGUUCGGGAAGAUCUAUGAACUGACGGUGCUGAAGGACAGGUUCACUGGCAUGCACAAAGGCUGUGCCUUCCUAACAUACUGCGAAAGGGAGUCUGCUCUAAAGGCCCAGAGUGCACUGCAUGAACAGAAGACACUGCCAGGGAUGAACAGACCGAUCCAGGUGAAGCCAGCGGACAGCGAAAGCCGAGGAGAAGACAGAAAACUCUUUGUGGGCAUGCUCAAUAAGCAGCAGUCGGAAGACGAUGUGCGCAGGCUAUUCGAGGCGUUUGGCAACAUUGAGGAGUGCACAAUCCUUCGGGGACCCGAUGGCAACAGCAAAGGGUGUGCAUUUGUGAAAUACUCUUCACAUGCAGAGGCCCAAGCUGCCAUCAAUGCCUUGCAUGGCAGCCAGACAAUGCCGGGAGCCUCUUCCAGCCUGGUGGUGAAGUUUGCGGACACGGACAAGGAGCGUACGAUGAGGCGCAUGCAGCAAAUGGCGGGACAAAUGGGCAUGUUCAACCCCAUGGCCAUCCAGUUUGGAGCUUAUGGCGCCUAUGCACAGGCACUGAUGCAGCAGCAAGCGGCGAUCAUGGCAUCGGUGGCGCAGGGCGGAUACCUGAACCCCAUGGCAGCCUUUGCCGCGGCCCAGAUGCAGCAGAUGGCGGCUCUGAACAUGAACGGCCUGGCAGCCGCCCCCAUGACUCCAACCUCAGGUGGAAGCACGCCUCCUGGCAUAACUGCACCAGCUGUGCCUAGCAUCCCAUCUCCAAUUGGGGUGAAUGGUUUCACUGGCCUCCCGCCGCAGGCUAAUGGGCAGCCAGCCGCUGAAGCCGUGUUUGCUAAUGGCAUUCACCCUUAUCCAGGUGUAUGGCACCAGAUUUCCUUCCAAGAGGCCCCCACCUUUGCAUCCUCCAAGCCUUGCCUCCAGCCACACCUCUGUGCGGCACAGAGCCCCACUGCAGCAGACCCCUUGCAGCAAGCCUACGCUGGAGUGCAGCAGUACGCAGGUCCUGCUUAUCCUGCUGCUUAUGGCCAGAUUAGCCAAGCGUUCCCACAGCCACCUCCCAUGAUCCCACAGCAACAGAGAGAAGGACCAGAGGGCUGUAACCUGUUUAUCUACCAUCUGCCCCAGGAGUUUGGGGAUGCUGAGCUGAUGCAGAUGUUCCUGCCUUUCGGUAAUGUCAUCUCCUCGAAAGUGUUUGUGGAUCGGGCGACAAACCAAAGUAAAUGCUUUGGUUUUGUGAGUUUUGACAAUCCUGCCAGUGCCCAAGCUGCUAUCCAGGCCAUGAAUGGAUUCCAGAUUGGCAUGAAGAGGCUGAAGGUGCAGCUGAAGAGGCCAAAGGAUGCUAAUCGUCCCUACUGAAGGGUUGUGGGAACCACUGGAUACAAAGCACUAGCACAGAGCCAGUCAAAUCCACCACAGUCUCGCGCUGAGCUAGGAAAAAAGUUCUCGUAAUGACAUGAAAGUGGAGAAUACAGUUCCCCAGGCCGGCAGCAGCUGAAUGGGCCACAUUUAGAAAAAAAAAAAAAGUAUAUAUAUAUUAAAAAAAAAAAAGUGAACUGUUGGAUUACACCUUUGACAUAUCAGCAAAUAUCAGUCAAGCUGAAGACUUCAGACCUAUUCUCUCUUUGAUUGUUUAGACUGUAACAUUUCUUCAAGAAAAGUAUCACAUCUGCUGACUUCGAAGGACAUGCGCUUGAAAACAAACAAACACAUAAAGUAAAAUCAGAGCAGGAGGAAGAUGAACCGGGAUUUCUGAAGAGACACUGAUAUCACCACAGCGGCUUUUCUUCAAACAGGAGAUGCAAACCUGGAUUCUGGCAAAGGAGUGCCUGUUUGCCACCAAGGAUGCGGUUACCAUGCGAGACCCAUGGUAACAGUCACUGAGCAUCUUUAUCUGUCAUUCCUUAGCUAUAUAGGGACCAAAGGACAAAACUUUUUACCGCAGACUUGUAGCUGUAUGUAAAAUAUGGAAGUUCUUUCCUUUUCUCUGAGCUGUUCCUAAAACAGUUUUUGAGAGUGAUUAUAUGAAAUAUGUAAAACCUAAAAAAAUAAAAAAUUUAAAAAAAAAAAUUAAAAAAACACAAAAACGCCAAAAAAAAAACCCACAAAAAAAAAAAAAUUACAAAUGCUUAAAUGCUUUUAAAAUGGCAAGAUAAUAGUUCUUUGAUACUUUGGGAGGUUCUUUGGUUAUACAUUAAUUAGAGUCUAUGAAGCUUUCAUAUGGUUUUCUGUAUAAUACGCAAGGAUUGCGUUGUUAAAGGCAGGUAAGAUGGAUAUCUAUGAAAAGCAAAAAAAAA